AUAAAUUAGAAUACACUCUUUAUUAAUUUCUUUCCUUUUGGUUCUUUUAUCCAAUAAUCAAAAUAUGAGUUUUUUACAAUGCUGGUCUGAGCCAAUUGUCCGUGUCCAAUCUCUGUCCGAAAGCGGCAUCCGAAAAAUCCCUGAUCGUUUUGUGAAGCCGCCUUCGGGCAGUUAUUGGUGUAAUUUCACGGACUUGAAAACAACCUCAGUUAACAUACCUUUAAUAGACCUCAAAAACCUUAAUUCUUCGAGCGACGUUGUUCGCCAAGAAACAAUUGACCACAUUUCCAAUGCGUGUAGGGAGUGGGGUUUCUUUCAAGUGGCUAACCACGGAGUUAGCCACGAGCUUAUGGAGAAAACUCGUACUGUUUGGCACGAGUUUUUUCAGCUUCCACUUGAGGAGAAGCAAAAAUUUGCGAAUUCGCCGGUGACUUAUGAAGGGUAUGGUAGCCGUAUUGGUAUGGAGGUUGGUGCCAAAUUAGAUUGGUGUGAUUAUUUCUUUCUUCAUUAUCUUCCCGAAGCGUUGAGGGACGAAAACAAAUGGCCUUGUCCUCCCGUUUCAUGCAGGAAUUUGGUCUCAGAAUAUGGUCAAGAAUUGGUGAAAUUAAGCAGAAGAUUAACUAAAAUUUUAUCGAUAGGCGUUGGAUUAAAUGAAGAUUAUAUACACCAAAGUUUUGGAGGAGAUAAUGAAAGUAGUGCAUGUUUAAGAGUAAAUUUUUACCCAAAAUGUCCUCAACCGGACCUUACACACGGCCUUUCUCCCCACUCGGACCCUGGCGGCAUCACCCUUCUCCUCCCUGACACCGAUAUCCCCGGCCUCCAAAUCCGUCGUGGCAAUAACUGGUUAAUUGUUAACCCGAUUCCCAAUGCAUUCAUUGUCAAUAUUGGAGAUCAAAUUCAGGUGUUGAGUAAUGCAAUAUACAAAAGUGUGGAGCACAGGGUGAUUGGUAAUUCAAAGAAAGAGAGAUUGUCCUUAGCAUUCUUCUAUAAUCCUGGAGGUGACAAACUCAUCAAGCCUGCUAAUCAACUUGUCACAAAAGAUUGUCCUGCUUUAUAUUCUCCAAUGACCUUCAAUGAGUAUAGAUCUUUCAUCAGAACAAAAGGUCUUAGUGGAAAAUGUCAAAUUGAAUCCCUUAAGUCCCCUACAUAAUUUAUUACUUAAUUGGAAAGUUCUUAUAAUUAUUAAAUGUUCUAUAUAUAUAUAUAUAUAGAACAUUUAAUCUUUAUCAUUGUUGUUAUUGUUUUUAAUAAUCUAUCCUAGCAUGUAUGU